AUGGCGGACGACAUUCCUCACGCCAAUGAAGUGUUCAGGCUACGCUCAAUGUUCAUGGUUAUGUUCAAGGCGAGCCAUAAUAAGAUGGAGAUAAUGAACCCGAUAUCGUCCAUGGCUAUCUAUUCGCUCCCUGAUAACGACCCUCUACGCCGACAUCUGCUCGCUGAGAUGGCUUCCUUCACGGAGGCGCAGUACGCCGUAGAGAGCGACCUCCUACCUGAGGACGAGUUCUACAACCGGAUGGAAUUGCUUUUCCGCGCUGUACAAGCGACUCUCGCUCCUGGGGGCGCAUUUCUUACACAGAUAUCUGAACCACACUUCGAAAGGCUGGCACCAGCCAAAGCGAGAGAGCGUCGUACCGAGUGGCUUGAGAGGGAAACCAAACUCCGCGUGCAGCUCGAGAAAAGUUCCUUCAAGGACUGGCACACUAGCGCUGCUCGUCGUCUGGCGCAAGAUGCUAAGACGAAGGAGGAGAGGGAGGAAGCGAGAGAGAAGCGGAGCAGAAGAAAGAAAGCCAAGAAAGUCAAGAGCUCAGCGGUGGACGCCCCUUCCCAUGAAGCCACUAUCGUAGCAUCCGUGGUCAACGACGACGGACCAGUCGUGCCAUCCGAGUCACAGGAUCCAGCGCCGCCCAACUGGCUUACACCGCCAUACGCGACGCCGACUCAGCGGACCUCGGCCGCACCGUCUCACUCGUACGAUUACCACGAGGCUUCUGGCUUUCGCUACGACGAGUACGCUGGAAACAACGACCCCUUCGCCAGCGCUUAUGAUAACACACAUGCGGCAGUCUCGUCUACAACGCAUCGUCAAGAGCUUGCUCUCAACCCUCGCUUUACGCCCAACUUCGCCAGUUUUUCCGACAACAAUCACCAUGGCGCUUAUAUCCCGCCGACUUCGUGGUCGCCGGGCUCGCUUCGCACCUCCGACCCGCACGAGUUCAGGGACGCGCAUGCAAUGCAGUGGUCUCCGGACGAAGAUAUGAUCAUCGACAACCUCACGGGCCGUCCUCAAGGUCAGGCUACGCUGUCCCGUCCCGUGGAGCAUGACUGGCGAGUCACUCCUGCCAAUUUAUCCCCUCGACUCUCGCCUUCCUACUACAACCACUCCGAUCUCCCUUCUUCUGAUAUUCAGAGCCCUUUCUUCGAUCAUUCUCUGGCAACUGCACCUUCCACGUCCCUCAGCCAUGGCUGGGAGCAGCAGGAUGCCCGGCUCUUUGACGACAAGCUGCGUGGGGAUCACUGGGAGCCAUAUUCGUCUGGCACCUCUCAACACUACCACCCCGAUACCUCUCAGCCUCGCGGGCAUAUGGUUCUGCAGCAGCAACAGUCUGCACCCAGAUUCAAUGCGAUGGAAUAUGGGUAUCCUAUGGGCGGCAGCAACUUCUCCGGUUACGCAUAUCAGGCAGCCCGGAUGCGUUGA